CACGCUUCUAUGACGCUUCAGAGGCAUCGUUCAUACCAGUAUUAUCAACAUCGAGAGGGCCAUGCCAGGGCAAAGAGGGGCGCUCCCUCCAGAAGAAAGAUGGCAAGGCUUGAAUCUGAGUCCUGGCAGUCCAGUUCUGGUCUUUAGCAGCUCAGUGGGAGAUUGGGUCAACGGCAGCAUUGUAGAGAUUUUCCAGGAAGAGUGUGUGGCCGAUGGCUACAAGAUGCCGGCAGGUUGCAUCAAGGUGGCACUGGAGAAUGGCAGCGUGAAGUACGUGAUGCCCAACGAAGCGGCCAAUGUGCUGCGACCGCGUGAAGCCGGUGAGGUCGACCAAGUGCUGAAGCCAGAGCGGUUGCCACAAGAUAGAGGUCAUUCAAAUCCGCAGCCAACAGGCCGUGCAUAUGUGGGCUCCGCUCGCUUGGAAGCCCGGGACCGAUGGAACACCUACGAGAUUCGACUUCAGGAGAUCUUCAUGGAGUAUGACCGGGAUCAUUCUGGUGCGCUGGAAGUGGAAGAGUUUCGAGCAUUGUUGCGAGACUUCAACCAAGGCCGUGAUCCGACGGAGGAGGAGUACACCUUCAUGAUGAAACUCUCGGACAAGGACCGCGAUGGUCGGAUCAGUCUCGGAGAGCUUCACUAUGCACUUCGUGCUUGGCACAGCUACAGACAUAUGGAUGAUUCCUUGCUGCGACUCUUUGCUGAAUUUGACUUCGACGAGUCCGGGCACUUGUCCGUGGAUGAGCUGGAACAGCUCUUGACAACCAUGAAUGGUGGAAAGGAAGUACCUAAAGAAGAGGUUCUACGAGUGAUGCAAGAAGCAGAUAUGCUUGGAGAUCGUGUCAUCCAUAGAGCAGAGCUUUUGGGUGCUAUCUCUGCAUGGUAUGGAAAUGUGGACCGCAAGGACACAGAUUUGCCAUCCUUGUUGAAAGAGGCAUUGGCACGAAGUAUCCAGGAAGCUGACUAUGCUGGUGCACUUGAUCAAGGGCGGAGUGCCUGGGGUCAUGCUGCAUCCGUCGUGAAAGGCUUUGUGGGCUACUCGCAGGUCAAUGACAACACUGCGGGGCCUGCUGGUAGCGGGGCAUGGUCAUCUGCUGGAAUGCCACUGAUGUCAGAUCCUGGCGUCUCAGAGCAGCCGAUUGGCCAACGAGUCCUGAAGGCUGUGCCACUGGUAUUGAGUUCCUGCAGCAAGUUCUGCUAUGUUGGUUUCCCCUUCAUCUUCGGCUGGAUGCUAGUCUUCGCCGGCUGGGAGUAUCGAGAUAACGCUUGCCCUCGAAACCUUGAUGGCAUUCUGAUGUGGUUUGGGUGUUUGGUGCUGGUCUUCAGCGGUCUUGCUUACGUUUCAGAUCCAAAUGCCGUGGUUGGUCGCAUCGCCAUUCUCGUCAUCUUAGGGGUCCUGAAUAUUGUGGGCUUCUUGUGGACAUCGGAUCCAGCAGUUGACCGGCCAUGCGCUUGGCAUUUGUCAUGGUGCAAGAGUGGCCCUGUUGAGCCAAGGAACAAAGGUGCCUGCGGUCUAUCUUUAGUGUAUUUUAGUUAUUUCGUUUGGGUUUCAGUACCUAUUUGCUGCUUAGGUUACCUUGGUUUUCUUCUGGCAACGCAUGUUCGCAAGUUGCAGCGGAAGGAUGAGCAUUUGCAGAAGGAGGUCAUCAUUUUCUGAGCCCUCCGAUUCGAACUCUACGCUUCGAGCUCUCGCUGCGUGGGAAAA